AUGGAGGAGAGGUGGAGUAAGUACGAGGAGAAUGGAGGAGAGGUGGAAUUACUGAGAGGAUACACUAUUCUCAACCCAGAGCAGCUCCUGCGGGUGGAGGAGAUAAAAGGGGCUGCACAGGCUGCGGAGAGACGGAAAGAGCAGAAGAGCAACAUCACAGCAGGUGCUCCUGUUUUUAACCCAGACAUCUCUUUGUGGAUCCGGGAAGUGGUGGAAGAAGAUAAUUCUGAGUCCCAGAAACCUCGGCAGCCUCCGUCGUGGGAGAGCUCCAGCUCAGAGGUUCCCAUGGUAAAGCCGGACAUCUUCCUGCGGAUAAAGCCAGAUGAGCUGGUGUUCGAGGCCUGCCCCGACCCAGAGCCGGGGGAUGGAGAGAAGGAUCUGGGUGAAGAAGACAUGAGAUCGAGUAUUUCCGUCACUAUAGGAGGGGACGCUGAGCCCUUCUGGCUGAAUGUCCAGGAAACGGAUGAGGAGAUCCUGAAUGAGACGCAUACCGAUAACGGCUUUGCAAGCAGCCCAGCUGACGAGGGCCUGGCUAACCAUAAACCCAACGAGCUAGAAAACGGCUCUCUCGAAGAGUGGGACAACCCGUCGCCGAUCCGGCUCCCGCGCCCCAGAAAGUGCCAGUCCAUAUUUAGGAUCGGUCAGCCCAUAUCAGAAUGCGCCUAUGACUUCAACGAACCGUCAAGCCCCACACAGGCCCGGCCGUUCCAGUGCUCGCAGUGCCAGCAGAGCUUCAGCGAGAGCGAGACCCUGCUCCUACACCAGACUGUCCACGCCACGUGGACGUGUGAGCAGCACGAUGACGGGGGGGAGGAGUACAUUGUGCCGCCGCAGCCAGCUCCCGCCAUCAUUAGGAGCUGCCCGGCUCCGUAUAUAUGUGGGGACUGCGGGAAGGGCUUCUCCAACUCCUACAAGCUGAAAAUCCACAUGAGGAUUCACACAGGGGAGAGACCGUACAAGUGCCUGGUGUGCGAGAAACGCUUUCACAAGAGCGCCCACCUGAAAGUCCAUCAGAGGACGCACACCGGAGAGCGCCCGUACGGGUGUCAGGUAUGCGGUAAGAGGUUCACCAAAUCCUACCAUCUCAAGGUCCACCUGAGGACACACACCGGGGAGAGGCCUUACCAGUGCCCCGAAUGCCACAAAACCUUCAGUGUCAACUCACACCUCACGGUCCACCAGAGGACUCACACCGGGGAGAAGCCCUUCAUCUGCUUUGAAUGCGGGAAGAGCUUCCGUCAAAAGACCAGCCUCCUGGGCCACCAGAAAUCCCACCAGAGGUUAGUAGAGCGUCGGAAACUGACUUGGAAGACUCUGUGGCCAGAAAAGUGACACGUUUUGUAGACGCUAAAAGUCCAGCUCUGAACUCACAGUGUGGCAGGAGAAGUCGCUGUGGGGAUGGAGAUUGGUGGGGUUUACAGCUGCAUGGAGCAUCCCUGCGCAGAGGAGUGCCAAGGUGGAGACCACGGCUGAUCUCUGUCCUGACGGUGUUCACGCGUCGGCACCGCAGCCAAGCGCAGAUCCAAGGCGAUAAGCCGUAGUCUGGUCUGCCUUCGGCUCUCCUCAUGACUUUGUGGUGUCCAAGCUCUGCCCUAUAGUUGUGUCAUUCUGCUGAAAAUAAUACUAGAACUUUGCAUGCAGGGACCUCGCCGGGAGGAGCAGUGACUGCCUUUUACACUCCUCCAGCCUCCAUUGCAAGAACCACAGUAACUAUGUAUCAGGUAACCAUCAAUCUGUAGUGGAAUAAAUCAGUAAUAAGCUGGGUAUGGUGAGUAGAUGGUCCAGGUGGCCUCUCUAGAGGCUGGACUCCCCCCGUCGUGGCUGGCUGCUUCUCACGAGAUGCUCGCUAGAUCAGCAGACAACUGAAACAGUGGUAGGCCUGGUUCUGAAUAAGACGCAAGACCAUAUGCGGAAUGGAUCCGCAGGUAUCUGCAAGCGGCGCCUGUGCUGCAGAAGGCAAUCGCAGGCUGUGCGUGCGACGUACGCACAAGGACAGGGAAUGAAAGGGAGGACGAAUCGAUCCUUCCAUUGACAGGGCUCUCUAUCCCUGACACAGUGGUUUCUGGGCGGUUACUGUGUAGGCCUGGGAGGGGACGCCUCUUUCUGGUGGGACUUUUGCAGCCGGCAUGGGGUGGGUGUGCGCCCCGGUAUUAAUGAUGGCGAUUUUGGACGAGUAGACAGCGAGCGGUGCGGCCUAUGGUAUGUAGACAGUUGCGCACUCACCAUAGAUGGUCAGUUAUUCACAUGAGCAUAAGGUAAUAAGCCGCAGCCAAAUGUCCGACUUAGAAUCAGGCCCGGUAUACAUUAGCGGCAUCUGAGUAGGAUCUAGAACGUUCUUGACUGUGUCCCCCUCCGCAUUACAGUAAUUGCAGAUGCGCCACAUCUGAUGUCCCAGUAGCCACCCCACCAGGAAUACAUCACGCCUGACAUUCCAGUAGCCACCUCACCAGGAAUACAUCACGUCUGAAGGCCCAGUAGCCACCUCUCCAGGAAUACAUCAUGUCUGACAUCCCAGUAGCCACCUCACCAGGAAUACAUCACGUCUGACAUCCCAGUAGCCACCUCACCAGGAAUACAUCGCGUCUGAAGGCCCAGUAGCCACCUCUCCAGGAAUACAUCAUGUCUGACAUCCCAGUAGCCACCUCACCAGGAGUGCAUCAUGUCUGACAUCCCAGUAGCCACCUCAACAGGAAUACAUCACUUCUGACAUCCCAGUAGCCACCUCACCAGGAAUACAUCACGUCUGACAUCCCAGUAGCCACCUCACUAGGAAUACAUCACGUCUGAAGGCACAGUAGCCACGUCUCCAGGAAUACAUCACGUCUGACAUCCCAGUAGCCACCUCAUCAGGAGUGCAUCAUGUCUGACAUCCCAGUAGCCACCUCAACAGGAAUACAUCACGUCUGACAUCCCAGUAUCCACCUCACCAUGAAUACAUCACGUCUGACAUCCCAGUAGCCACUUCACCAGGAAUACAUCACGUCUGAAGGCACAGUAGCCACCUCUCCAGGAAUACAUCACGUCUGACAUCCCAGUAGCCACCUCACCAGGAAUACAUCACGUCUGACAUCCCAGUAGCCACCUCUCCAGGAAUACAUCACGUCUGAAGUCCCAGUAGCCACCUCUCCAGGAAUACAUCACGUCUGAAGUCCCAGUAGCCACCUCUCCAGGAAUACAUCACGUCUGACAUCCCAGUAGCCACCUCACCAGGAAUACAUCGCGUCUGACAUCCCAGUAGCCACCUCACCAGGAAUACAUCACGUCUGACAUCCCAGUAGCCACCACACCAGGAAUACAUCACGUCUGAAGGCCCAGUAGCCACCUCACCAGGAGUACAUCAUGUCUGACAUCCCAGUAGCCACCUCACCAGGAAUACAUCACGUCUGAAGUCCCAGUAGCCACCUCUCCAGGAAUACAUCACGUCUGACAUCCCAGUAGCCACCUCACCAGGAAUACAUCACGUCUGAAGGCCCAGUAGCCACCUCUCCAGGAAUACAUCAUGUCUGACAUCCCAGUAGCCACCCCACCAGGAAUACAUCACGUCUGACAUCCCAGUAGCCACCUCACCAGGAAUACAUCACGUCUGACGUCCCAGUAGCCACCUCACCAGGUUCCUUGGUUACUCAGUGCAGUAAGAGGCCAUCCAUACAGCAGACGUGUACAGUCCGUGGAUCUUCUGCUCACGCUCCUGUGUGUUAUAGCUGAGGAAGUCAUACUGGCGGUGGCCGACAACCGGUACGGUGCUGCAGGCGUAUAAUGGUGUGCAGGAAUCCCCAGCUCAUAGCUGCAGCGGCUGGUCUACAGAUGACCAGCUGGGUACCGCCUGAGGUGGCCCAUCACACGUCUCACACACACCGCUGGCUCUGCGCAUCAUUCAUUAUCUCCUGGGUCUCUGUAUGGCCAGUUAUAGAAGGUGCUUAUUGCCGGAAUCCGUCUAUCACUACCACCUCACCGGAACAUAAUACUCUCGCCGCAACCAUUGUUCCGCCACAUUGGCAUCAUCCAGUCUGUCCGAACAUGAGAGAGACAUCCUGGAGAUCAUUCAUUCCCAUACACCUUUUGUACUGAGCUAUAGUGACCCCUCGCCCUCAUACACCCGCUGCUACUGGUCUGUUAUGACCUGUCUCUUAUAUGCCCCCUGCUGGCCGCAGGCAGUAAGAUGCCGGAGCCAUUGUAACUGCGUACAGCAGGAUUGUUAUGCAGUGUCCAGCCCCUCUCAGUGCGUGACUAACUCCACCUACAGCGUCAGAUGGGUACUACAAGGGAACGGCUGAGAUAAGCUGUCUGCACACAACUACCACAUAGAACCCUGUGUACCCUGCCAGAGCAUGGUCCGUUACUUUAUACAAGCGGCUUUGUAAUAACUCUGCGUCACAUUAUCACGUGGCUGGAAGUUGCAGCAUGCAGAGAUGUGUCCAGUCCCCACUGCCAGAUCACGGUACACGUGCAUGUAUGUAAGUGGCUGUGACACGGACUGAUCUCAGGGGAACAUACUGGGAAUCAUGAGAAUGGACAAGUCUGUGGUCACAUUUCCCCAUCCGGAGCUGUGUAAAUGCUGUCACCUGCGGGAGACCUCAGUGUGAGGCUUUACGAGGGGAGACGCCUGUAGGAGAGCAUUCGUUCUAACCUGCCAAUUACAUAUCAUACUAGCAGUGUAGUUCUGUGUAUCCUGGUUUCUGACCCUUCUCUCAGCUUCCAUCCCAGUACCAUGCACAAUCUACCUGUAACCCAGGCCUAGGCUGCUUCCCACUUAAUACCAACAAGCCACAUCAAGGAGCAGGUCUGUGACCUGUGGACCACUCACCUUUAAAUCUGAACCUUGAUCGGUGAAAGAGAAUUCACUAUUCUAUUUGGAAGCAGCACACCACACCUCUGUCCAUGGAUUUUGCUGGCGCUACGUCUUCUAGAGACCUUUUACAACAACAUGUGAGAAGGAUCGAAAAACAGGAGGCAGAGCAAGAUCACUUGAAGCAGCGACUGAUUGACCUUUCUCAUCUGGAUACACCCAGCAUGCCUUUGGGCGGUCAGGCUUUAACGGUCCUAUUCGAGGUCCUCGCUGACAUUCCUGCAUCCUCUUAGAAUUGCAUCAUCCUUAACCUUCCUAAAUAAGAUGGGGAUCCCAAAGCUUGCAGAGGGUGUUAAACCAGUGCUCCAUGCAAAUUAAGCUCCUGCCAUGGAAUUUUCCCUCUGAAAGUUGACGGUGACACAUAAUCUACCUAUUCUAUGGUAAUGUUCUCACCUGAACUUACAUCCCUCUGCAGUCCUGCACUGCCUUUCUGGAGGCAUUUAGGCAUUCAAUUCUAGAUGAUCUUGGUCAUGUGCCAUCAGCCACAUCUCCAUCCUUUGUCUCCGUCACUGUUCUCAGACUGUAGGUCGGGAUUUAGCCCGGUUCUGUACUGAAGCUCAGCUUGGGACAUCAACAUACCUUCAGUGGUGUCCAGGUGUGUCCUUUGCUACCCAAGUACUCGAUCACUCAGUAUCUUUGACAGCCAUCCAUGGCAAGGUUUCUGACGGUACUGUGGGCCUAAUUCAGCUUUCUACGCAAAGGUUCCCAAACGCGGUCCUCAAAGCACUGCAACAGUUCAGGUUUUAAAUGUAUCCAUGCUUGGUCACAGGUGACUUAAUUAGCACCUCAGUCAGUUUGAUUUAACCAUCUGUUCUGAGCCAUGGAUAUACCUAAAUCCUAGACUGUUAGGGUGCCUUGAGGACCGCCCUUGGGAACCUCUGUUCUACGCUAUUGUGCAAAAAUAGCUACAGUAUGAAGCUAUUUCUGCACAUCAGCGCAUGCGCAGAAGGCAGUUUAAGACGUGAAGGGGGGCGGGAAUGGGGCAUCAACGCCACGUUUUGUGGGUGUCGGUGCUCCGUUACAGGGUUGCGGUCUGGAUAACGGAGGCGUGUCCGAACUGUUGGAGGGGCGGGCCACGUUGGCUUUGUGACAUCACACUCAGCCGAUGAGACCCAAAAGAUGGCAGUCCUCCGACUGCCUAGGCAGGGGGCUACCUUAAUCAUAUGAGUGCAUCGCCGUAUAGCGGUGUGCUUGCAUGUUAGCGGGGGGCAGGAUCCGGCAUGUGGGGCGGCCUUGCGCUAUGCUGGGCGGCCACCCGCAUUUCAAAGAAAAGAGUUGUAGGUUUUGCGAUUGUUCGCCAAACUACAACUCAAGCUGAAUUAGGCCCUAUAGUAUGAUGGACUGUGCCAUUAAGUCUAGGAGAAGGAGAAUGAAACAAGGAGACAUUGGCUUUCAACCGAGUAGUGCUGUGUCUUCCUUGAUUUUACCAAGAUUCACCAGGUUCUCAACUGGCAUUCCCGAUAUUAUCCUGAAAUCAUGGCGGCCGUCUCUAGUGCCUUCACUGGGGUCGUGUCUCAUUGCUCAAGUGUUCAUUAGGCAAAAAGAGGAAAGGAAUAUUGUGCAUUUUCUCUUCUUACUGGUAAAAUCUUCAUCAGGAUCAGUGACAGGCUGAUGGGAUCCUGCCCACCUGCAUUUGUCCAAGAGGUGAAUGCCACCAUGAAUAAGGACAUCCUUUACCUCUGACUUUAGAGCUCUUUGACCGUAUAAAAGAUGUGACGAUCUUAUGUAAGUUGAUUUCAAGGGGAGCAUACGAUCAUAUCUGCAUCAGGGUGGGGCGAUGAGUGCUAGAUGGUCUUCAUCAAAGAGAUGAGUGCUAGAUGGUCUUCAGCAAAGAGAUGAGUGCUAGAUGGUCUUCAGCAAAGAGAUGAGUGCUAGAUGGUCUUCAUCAAAGAGAUGAGUGCUAGAUGGUUUUCAGCAAAGAGAUGAGUGCUAGAUGGUCUUCAUCAAGUGCUAGAUGGUCUUCAUCAAAGAGAUGAGUGCUAGAUGGUCUUCAUCAAAGAGAUGAGUGCUAGAUGGUCUUCAGCAAAGAGAUGAGUGCUAGAUGGUCUUCAGCAAAGAGAUGAGUGCUAGUUGGUCUUUAGCAAAGAGAUGAGUGCUAGAUGGACAGUAUUAAUACUGCUUUGUGAGUAACAAUUUUGGUGAUGUGAUCAGUUUGUAGGCGUAAAAUUAGACAACAUAUUCUUGUCUCAGGACAGUAAAACUUUGUGGCAGCAUAUCGGAGAGGGUCGAAUCACUAACAAAAAGCUAUCAGAGCCUUGACCUCAACUCAGAUGCCAUAUCCGAGAGAUGGGGCGGGAUGUAACAGAGUCCGAGUUCACCCAGCGUCUGGGAGGCCGGCAGAACUCAGGCUUUUUGUAAAGGGGCAGUAAAGUACAAUGCAAAACCAUGCCUUGUAAACGAUUGCCCCUUUAAAAAAAAAUACUUGAGAGUUUGGCCGGCAUCCCGCACGUCGGGCGACCUCGGACUCUGUUACAUCCCUGCCUUUGUUUCUAGCGCUAGUGUGAUUUGCUAAAGAUGCCCAGUUAUCACUUCCUGUAUGUAUCAAGGCAUGAGGAUUGGAGCAAUAUGACCACAGACUCAUCCACGGCCACAUGUAGAUUCUUAUUUACCAGUGGGCGGGGCAACACAGAAUUAACUGGAAUACUAUUUUGCUCAUGGAUGAAGAUGGAAGACUAUAAACUGCUAAUAAAGUGAGAUCAUGUCACAGCUCAGAAAGAUGUCUGCAUGAAGAUUACACCUCCAGUCCUUGUAUAUUGGCGCGGUAAUAGCUGGGAGUUCUCACGUCUUCCUGCAGAUUGGCGUUUGGAUACAUCAUAAAACCUGCAAGAGGAGCCGGAAUUAUUUCAGUACCUACAGACUGUUGUAUUUGCCGUAGACAAACUGGUGCUUGAAGCCACCACCCAAUAAAUAGCCCCAUGAAGACAACCUCUCGCAUCCACCUUAUUACUGAAGCUCCCUCUAGUAGUCGGGCCAUGACUCAUGUCCGUGUGACCAAAAGGAAGUCUGUGAUUGGUUGACAGUGGGCUGAUCAGUAAAGGGAGCUUCAGUAACCCGGAGAAGGUGAGAAGUUCCCUUCAUGCACUUUUAUACAAUGUUGCUAUGUUGCCCACAAAUGUCUUCUUAAAACCUUUAGUGCUGGGUAAGAUGUCUGAAGGGGUAUCUACGUAUGAUGUAAAGUAGAGAUUGCGGUAAUUGCCCCCAAAAUGUUCCUCCGUAUUCUGCCACCACAGGAUAAAUCUGUUCACUGCAAUUGUCUUCCGUUUCACGACCCUCCCCACCCAAGUAUUUUGGUUGGUCCCCAUUUAUACUGAUUUCUGGUCACAUUUGCACACGUUGGAUAAGGCCUUUUCUGGUGAUUGAACUCACACGUGACAAAGCGUCUUGGACCCUUGGUUAAUGUGUUCUCAUGUGUCUGUAUAUUCACAUAUUAUUUGACUACUUGUACAGUGUGUGCAGCUUAGUGCGCACCGACCUGUAUUAUAGUGUAUAGCUAGACCUAUAAAUAAAGGUUUCUGUAUGGAG